GGGGGGGGAAACCAUGUACAUGUACACGUUUAAAGUCUGUUGCUUCAAGUCUCUAGCUAAUAGUCAAAGCUGGCGUGUAGUCAAGUCCAUGGCUUCCAACCCACAAAAAGAGCAAAAAGAGCAAAAUCAAAGAAAGGCAGAUUGCCCUGUCUUUGUUCUGCUUCUCUGAAUCUCCAGACGAUUAAACUGGUAUUCAUGCUGAUUUUUUGUUAGUGGCUUGAGAGAUUGAUUCUAAGGGUCUUAAAAUUCUUUCUGGGAUUUGGUAGCUCAAAUCUCUCUGUUUCUUUUGAUAGUUUGUGAUUUGGAUUUGGUACCUAAUACGUUCCUGGGUUUGUUGUUGCAAAGCAGGUCUUUGGGAAUCUGAUUCUAAAGACUGUUUGGUACAGAAGCUUCUUCAUUAUUUUCUACUAGUGUUACGUUGCAAAGUAGAACAUAGUUGCAGAAAAUGGCUGGUGGUAGAAGAAGGAGGCAGCAUUUCAGCAGAAUCCAUGCCUUCUCAUGUGGGAAAGCAUCCUUCAAAGGUGAACACUCGUUGAUUGGAGGUCCCGGCUUCUCAAGGGUAGUCCAUUGCAACGACCCCGACUCCUUUGAGGCUGGUGUCCUCAAUUAUGGGAGCAACUAUGUCAGAAAUACCAAAUAUACGCUUGCCACCUUCUUCCCCAAAUCAUUGUUUGAGCAAUUCAGGCGUGUUGCUAAUCUAUAUUUUCUCCUCUGUGCAAUUUUGUCUUUCACACCACUCUCUCCUUACUCGGCUCUCAGCAACGUUCUUCCUCUUGUUCUCGUCAUUGGAGUUACAAUGGGUAAAGAGGCUCUUGAAGAUUGGAGGCGAAAAAAGCAGGAUAUUGAAGUGAACAACAGAAAGAUUAACGUGCAUCGUGGGAAUGGUGUAUUCGAUAAUGCUAAAUGGAUGGACUUGAAAGUUGGAGAUAUUGUGAAGGUGCAAAAAGAUGAAUUUUUUCCUGCUGAUCUUAUCUUACUCUCUUCAAGUUAUGAGGAAGCAAUUUGCUAUGUUGAGACAAUGAACCUUGAUGGAGAAACCAAUUUGAAACUAAAACAAGCAUUGGAUGCAACUUCAAACUUCCCUGAAGACACAAGCUUCCAAACUUUCAAGGCUGUAAUAAAUUGUGAAGACCCAAAUGCAAAUUUGUACUCAUUUGUCGGUGGAUUGCAGCUCGAGGAACAACAGUAUCCUCUUACACCUCAGCAGCUUCUGCUUAGAGACUCAAAACUUCGAAACACAGAUUUUAUUUAUGGGGUGGUAAUCUUUACGGGUCUUGAUACAAAGGUUAUGCAAAAUUCAACAGAUCCUCCUUCCAAGAGAAGCAAAAUUGAGAAAAGGAUGGAUAAGAUUGUCUACUACUUGUUUUCUGUCCUAGUGUUGAUGUCUUUUAUUGGGUCAAUUUUCUUUGGGAUUUCAACUAGCGAGGACCUGGAAAAUGGAAGGAUGACAAGAUGGUACCUCAGACCAGAUGAUACUACUAUAUACUAUAACCCAAAGAGGGCGCCAGUUGCAGCAAUUUUGCACUUUCUGACUGCCGUCAUGUUAUAUAGUUAUUUGAUUCCCAUUUCCUUGUAUGUUUCAAUAGAAAUAGUCAAAGUUCUUCAAAGUGUUUUUAUCAAUCAAGAUCUGCACAUGUACUAUGAAGAAGCUGACAAGCCGGCACAUGCCCGUACCUCAAAUUUGAAUGAAGAACUUGGACAAGUUGACACUAUACUUUCUGAUAAGACAGGAACUUUGACUUGCAACUCAAUGGAAUUUAUCAAGUGUUCUGUGGCUGGAACUGCUUAUGGGCAUGGAGUUACGGAAGUUGAGAGAGCUCUGGCUUGGAGAAAAGGGACACCUUUAGCUCAAGAGGUGACAGAUGAAGAGGCCCAGGUUGAGGAUUCCACUGAAGCAAGGACAUCCGUUAAAGGGUUCAAUUUUAUAGAUGAAAGGGUCACAAAUGGUAAUUGGGUUAAUGAGCCUCACGCAGAUGUAAUACAGAAAUUUAUACGGUUACUGGCCAUCUGCCAUACUGCAAUACCUGAAGUUGAUGAAGAAACUGGAGGAAUUUCUUAUGAAGCUGAAUCACCAGAUGAGGCAGCUUUUGUGAUUGCAGCAAGAGAAUUGGGCUUUGAAUUUUAUGAGAGGACUCAAACAAGCAUCUCACUGCAUGAAUUUGAUCCCAUCUCUGGCAGGAAACUUGAAAGGACUUAUAAACUAUUGAAUAUCCUGGAGUUUAGUAGCUCAAGAAAGCGGAUGUCUGUGAUUGUAAGAAACAAAGAGGGAAAGCUACUAUUGCUUUGCAAAGGUGCUGACAGUGUCAUGUUUGAAAGACUUGCGAAGAAUGGAAGUGAAUUUGAAGAGCAGACUAAGGAGCACAUUAAUGAGUAUGCUGAUGCUGGUUUGAGGACAUUGGUACUUGCAUACCGUGAACUGGAUGAGGAAGAACACAAUGAGUUCAACAUGGAAUUUACCAAGGCCAAGAACUCAUUGAGUACAGACCGUGAUGAAAUGAUCGAGGAAGUGGCAGAAAAGAUUGAGAGGAAUUUGAUUCUUCUCGGUGCUACUGCAGUUGAAGACAAACUUCAAAGUGGGGUUCCUGAAUGCAUUGACAAGCUUGCACAGGCUGGAAUCAAGAUAUGGGUUUUGACUGGAGAUAAAAUGGAGACUGCCAUCAAUAUUGGCUUUGCCUGUAGUUUGCUUAGGCAAGGAAUGAAGCAAAUAGUAAUCAGCUCAGAGGGACCAGAAAUCAAAGCGCUGGAGAAAGCAGGGGACGAGUCUGCGGUUGCUGUGGCAUUUAAGGCUAAUGUCCUCCGCCAGAUAAGUGAGGGGAAAGAAUUGCUUACCACAUCAAGUGAAAACUCAGAGGCAUUAGCUUUGAUCAUUGAUGGGAAGUCACUCACCUGUGCUUUAGAUGAUGAUGUCAAGGACAUGUUUCUAGAGCUUGCUCUUGGCUGUGCAUCUGUCAUUUGCUGUCGUUCUUCUCCCAAACAAAAAGCACUUGUUGCAAGACUGGUCAAAAUUAGAACAGGUAACACAAUUCUAGCAAUUGGUGAUGGAGCAAAUGAUGUUGGAAUGCUUCAAGAAGCAGAUAUCGGAGUUGGUAUCAGUGGUGUUGAGGGAAUGCAGGCAGUGAUGUCAAGUGACAUUGCAAUUGCUCAGUUUCGAUAUUUGGAGCGCUUGCUUCUUGUGCAUGGGCAUUGGUGUUACAGAAGGAUCUCAUCAAUGAUAUGCUAUUUCUUUUACAAGAACAUUGCUUUUGGCUUCACUAUCUUCUUCUUUGAGGUGUAUGCAUCGUUCUCAGGCCAAGCUGCAUACAAUGAUUGGUAUCUGUCACUAUAUAACGUUUUCUUCACAUCACUUCCUGUGAUCGCCUUGGGCGUGUUUGACCAGGAUGUCUCUGCACGGCUGUGUCUCAAGUUCCCUCUGUUGUACCAAGAAGGUGUACAAAACGUGCUAUUUAGCUGGAUUCGAAUCCUUGGAUGGGCACUUAAUGGGGUAUUGACUGCUACUUUGAUCUUCUUCUUUUGCAUCCGUGCAAUGGAUCAUCAAGCCUUCCGCAAGGGAGGGGAAGUUGUGGGGUUUGAAAUCCUUGGAACCACUAUGUACACGUGCGUUGUGUGGGUGGUGAACUGUCAGAUGGCGCUAUCCAUCAACUAUUUCACAUAUGUCCAGCAUCUCUUCAUUUGGGGUGGCAUCAUAUUCUGGUAUAUAUUCCUCUUGGGAUAUGGAGCAAUGGAUCCCAGCAUAUCAACUACUGCCUACAAGGUCUUUAUUGAAGCCUGUGCACCGGCCCCUUUUUACUGGCUCCUCACGCUCUUUGUGCUCGUCUCUUCUCUCAUUCCAUAUUUCACCUACGCAUCCAUCCAGCUGCGGUUUUUCCCCAUGUAUCAUCAGAUGAUACAGUGGAUAAGAACAGAUGGGCAGUCAGAUGACCCUGAAUACUGUCAUAUGGUGCGGCAGAGAUCAUUGAGGCCCACCACAGUGGGAUAUACUGCCCGUUUUGAGGCAACAUCCAAACGCUUUGAAGAGAGGUCUGAGGGCCACUGAUCCAAGUAAUUUUUUUUUUUAGCAAAAAGUAGGUGAUACUUUCUUCUCUUUUCUAUUCAAUGUAUAUAACUAACAUAAAUUGCUCGAGCUAGCCUGGAGAUGAUGAUUUCAAGUGAACUGUUUUUGGUUGGGAGAAAUCUUGGGAAGAGAAAGUUGGUGUUUCUCGUGCAGAUGAACGUACUAGAGGAGCAUUUCAGUGGCCAUUAGCUGACAUAUCUUAGCCUUUGCUCGGGCUAUAAUUGUGAUAAUGAGCUUAAGGAAUAGUCAUUUUCUUAUGUGCAGUAAUGAGAAUAUCUAUUUCAAGUA